AUGCCAGGUCCCACGUUUCAGUUCAAAGUUGGAGAUCUGGUGGGCAAGGGAGCGUUUGGGAAGGUCUACCAGGCGAUGAACCUGCUGACGGGCGAGCUGAUGGCGGUGAAGUGUGUCGACCUGCAGAACAUCACGGAGGAGGAGCAGCAAGAGAUCAAGAACGAAGUCAUGCUUCUUCGCUCCCUCAAGCAUGCGCACAUCGUGCAGUACAUCGGGACACACCAGAUGGACUCGAGCCUCAGCAUCUUCAUGGAGUUCUGCCCUGGUGGCUCCGUCGCUUCUCUCUGCCAGUCCUUCGGGGGCUUCCCCGAGCCUGUGGUCGCUCAGUAUACGCGGCAGGUAGCGGAGGGGUUGGCCUUCAUCCAUUCCCAUGCGGUCAUGCAUCGUGAUAUCAAGGGAGCCAACCUGCUAGUUGCGGCCAACGGAGUGAUCAAGAUCGCUGACUUCGGCGCGUCGGCACAGCUGCGAGGGACGAUGACAGAGAACGCGGACACUUGCUCGAUGCGAGGAACACCGUACUGGAUGGCGCCGGAGGUGAUCAAGCAGGAGAGGUACGGGCGAGCAGCAGACUGCUGGUCCAUGGGCAUGACCAUGAUUGAGAUGGCGACGGGGACUCAUCCAUGGAAGGCGGCGACCAACAAGUUCUCGCUGCUCUACGAGAUCGCCUCCACCGACCAUCUCCCCGACAUCCCUCCGACCCUUUCCAGCACCUGCCGAGACCUCAUCCUCCGCGCCAUCGCCCGCAACCCUGAGGAAAGAAUCUCAGCUGCCGACAGCCUGAUGCAUCCGUUCCUGGUGCAGGUCAAGGCCAACCACCUGCGAUGA